AUGUCUAUGUCUGGUUCGGAAACCAAAUCCUUGGAGGCCAAGUGCUUCUGCGGCUCGGUCCACUUCACUGUCGACGUGCCCACCUCUCUUCUUCCUUUACCGGCAUACAUUUGCCAUUGCAGCAUCUGUCGAUACUCGACUGGCGCGCCCUGCCUCUUCCACGCCUCGCUGCCCAGGGGACUCACCCCCAACUUCAUUGCGCCGUCGGCCGAGCAAAACUUGACCCAGUAUCAGCCGGCUCAAGGGGGCACCUACGAUUUCUGCUCGGCAUGCGGCUGUCACGUCGCGGGAGUGAGUUUCGACCGCCUAGAGUGGACCGUUUCCACGUCCAUCUUUCUGCAUCGAGGCCCUGCCGAUUUCGAGAUUGUCUCGCACGUGUUUUCCAAAUCGGGCCCCGGCGGCGCCAUUCCUGCCUGCUUGUCAGAGAUUGGAGGCCGGCAAAUCCAGCACUACAACCCACCAGACGAUGAUGCCAGGUCCAAAGUGGACGUGCCCCCGGCCGAGCUAGGUCCCGACGGGCACGAGAGACUGCGUGCGCGAUGCCACUGCGGCGGCGUAUCCUUCACCAUCGGACGGCCCGAUCAAAGGGUGCUCGAGGAUGAGUUCCUGUCCAGGUUUGUGUCCCCGCUCGACAAGAACAAGUGGAUUGCCACCUACGAUGUUUGCGACGAUUGCCGCCUAAUCAACGGCUCUCAUGUUGCUGGAUGGACAUUUGCCCCCCUCGCGUUGUGCGACCCCGUCAUCGGAAAGGACCUGAAGCUGGGGAGCUCCAAAACAUAUGUCUCGUCGGAAGGAGUCCUGCGCUCGUUCUGCGGAACAUGCGGAGCCACCGUCUUCUUUUCGAGCGCCCAGAGGCGUCCUGCGGACGGGCGGGCGGUUGUGGACAUUGCCACGGGUAUUCUCCGAUGCCCGGAAGGCGUCAUGGGUGAGAACUGGUUUACUUGGCGGGCUCGCUUGGCAUAUGAGGCCAGCGGCAUCAGGUUCGAUAGGCAGCUUGGCGAGGCGCUGCGGGAUGCCAUGAAGGCGUAUUCCCGGGAGAAAUAUGGCCAAGAGUUGACCAUGGAAAUUGUAUGA